AUGGAUACCACUCCAUCUGUAAAACACUUCAUGUGGAAAGCUGCACAUGCCAUUCUACCAACUAACAUGAGGAUGGCAGCUGUCUUACCAUACAUCAACACAAACUGCAACCUAUGUAAUGAGGGUCAAGAGACCCUAACUCACCUCUUCCUGGACUGUAAUUUUGCAUCACAGGUUUGGAUGCACUUUAAUCUAGAUAAACAAUAUGUUACAAAUGGUGCCACAACUUUCCAUGAGUGGCUUAACGGAUGUUUUGAACACCAGGAUAGAGACAGAUACGCAGUAAGCUGGCAAGUUUUGUGUAGUAUUAUCAUUUGGUAUAUAUGGAAAGCAAGGUGCAACAUUACCUUUAGGAAGAAAAAUCAAAACAGCGCAAACACGACAAAUAGCAUAGCAAACUACAUCAAUAACUACAUGAUUGUAAACAAAAAAGGCUACAACAUAAUGCAUUCCUUAUACUACAAUCAAAUGGACGAUGAAAAUAUGAAAAUAACCAAACAGCAAACAACGGAACAACCAACAACUAUGAAUCUGAAAAUGAAUGUAGUUCUGUCUAUGACAGAUUCGGCGGCAAAAGCAGGAAUUGGGCUAACACUAUGUGACUAUACAGGUACUAUCAGAGAAGCCAGAGGUCUUAAUGCAGAUUGCACAACAUGGGAAGAACUAGAGAUGAAAGGGGCUGAAGCAGCAUUCCAAUGGGCAGCAAAAUGGAGUGGACACACUAUCUCGUUUAGAAGCAAUUCUGAACCUUUUCUACUGUUGCUGAUAGGGAAGUAUGCAACAACAAGGGAGCAGAGAUACAGGAUAAGUGCAGACUUUGGAAACAAGACAAAAUUUAAGAUCAAUUUUAUAGCUGUCGAUUUCACUUUAGUUAGGAAAUUUAAUGUAAUAUGGGCAGCUAAACUAUCUGUUUUUUGUAACUAG